UGAGCAAACGACCUUUCUUUUUCUAAAGUCAGUCAUAUAAAAUUGCUAGGCGCAGUUGGGAUUUCUAGCAAUCGGACAUGCGGUUUGUUUUCCUUCAAAGGCUGCUUUUAUGUCUUGUUUUUGGGGUCUUGUGGAAGCAUUCCCGCGCCAGGUUCAAUGUUUUCCGCCGUUUGAGGUUUAUGUCACAUAAAAUGGAAAACAAAAUCGAGCAACGGGCUAAUCAAAGGAACGUCGCGGCAACUGUCGGAAAUGAAGUUCAACACGAUAUCAUUAUGUACUGGACUCAAAAGUUGCUGGGUAAUCCCGACAUAUAUAUCACUCUACAAGGAACAAUAUCUCAAACCGAACAAGUAGUUCACUUACAACAAAAUUCAGCCACGCCAACUUCUAGCCUCCAGACAGCUACACCAUUAGUUUACCGAGUGAUGAUCCAGCCAGUUCCAGGAUUAGAUAAUCUCGUUGUUUCCAGCGGUAAUGGCACAGUACCAUACUUUGAUAAGAUUUUGAUCGUGAGAAAUAACGAGAUUGUGUAUGAAUUUCAUCCUUUAACUGCAAGACGUUUGAUUGUCAAAGCACUCUCCCUGAAUGAAGACACUAGAAAUGCUACACUUGUCAAUGAAUAUCAAGCACAAUCCAUUCGUUUCAUGGUAAAUGGUAUGUGUGUUAACCCCCUGGACUCCUCCCUACCUCCUACCAUCGGAACGAAAUUAGUCCUACGUUACAACUGUGGUACACUGGACACCUUCUUUACAACCACCCCUGAUAAAAGAUUACAGCAUAUUGCCAGUGGCUUAUAUGUUGAUGGUGACAUAGAUACCGUUGGUGGUACCAUUCCGGCGAAUGGUGGUAGCAAUGUUGAUAGUGAAGUCAGUGGUAAUCUUGGUGGUGCUGAAGGUGGUAAUGUUGAUAGCAGUAUUGGUGGCGCUGGUGGUAGCAGUGUUGAUAGUGAUGUCGGUGGUAAUCUUGGUGGUGCUGAAGGUGGUAAUGUUGAUACUAGUAUUGGUGGCGCUGGUGGUAGCAGUGUUGAUAGCGAUGUCGGUGGUAAUCUUGGUGGUACUGAAGGUGGCAAUGUUGAUAGCAGUGUUGGUGGCACUGGUGGUGGCAGUGUUGGUAACAAUGAACCCCUUUUGUCGAGUGCGGGUGGUAGCAAGGUACAGUUGCCUAUGAAUAGCAGCCUCGAAAAUGAUGACUCGCCAGUUCAUGGUGGUGAACAUAGCAACACCGAUGGUCAUUAUGUGGAUGCUACUGGUGACGUCAUCAAUGACAAAUCUGCUACUGCAAAUCUCAGUAGCCAUAGUGAUGGUGGUGCGGAAAGUCAUGAAUAUGUUCAAGUUGCUGCUAUUAAAAAGAGACCAUCCACCAUGGAUGGAAAGACCAUUGAUAGUGAUUUUGGAAGUGAACCGGCAGAUAUGAAUGCUGAUGGUACACCGAUGGUUGAUAAUAUGAACACAGUAAGUAGCCAUGCAGUAAACAAUGACGUUGGUCGUAAAAUUGAAGUUGUACGUGUCAAGACGACCAAUGCUGGUUUAAGUCAUGAUUUUGAGAGUGAACCGGCAGAUGUGAGUGCUGAUGGUACACCGAUGGUUGAUAAUAUGAACGCAGAGAGUAGCAAUACAGUAAACAAUGACGUUGGUCGUAAAAUUGAAGUUGUACGUGUCAAGACGACCAAUGCUGGUUUAAGUCAUGAUUUUGAGAGUGAACCGGCUGAUGUGAGUGCUCAUGGUACACCGAUGGUUGAUAAUAUGAGCACAGAGAGUAGCCAUGCAGUAAACAAUGACGUUGGUCGUAAAAUUGAAGUUGUACAUGUCAAGACGACCAAUGCUGGUUUAAGUCAUGAUUUUGAGAGUGAACCGGCAGAUAUGAGUGCUGAUGGUACACCGAUGGUUGAUAAUAUGAACACAGAGAGUAGCCAUGCAGUAAACAAUGACGUUGGUCGUAAAAUUGAAGUUGUUCAUGUCAAGACGACCAAUACUGGUUUAAAUAAUGAUUUUGAGAGUGAACCCGUAGAUGUUAAAGAUGAUGAUACACCGAUUGUUAAUAACAUGGGCGAAGAGAUUACUGGUGAAGAGAUAGGAAGAAGGCAUAACCCCCAUCCUGCUUUUGGAUCGCAUGGUACAAAAUUGUCACAUCCAUCCAGUCUCCACAAAGAUGGAACACCUCAAGGACUAGGAAUUAGGCAUCUGAGACGUUUUUCACACUUCACUCCCAAAUACAACCUUCACUCCAAAUACAAGUCAAGGGUUGUUGCUCAAGCUGCAAUGAAAAACAACGCCAAGAAGAAUGCUAUUACACCCAGCAACCAGGGCUUAGAUUUGUACCUAAGCUCUACGUCAAAUCUACAAUUCCAGUACACAUCAAAUCCCGUAAAUGUCCAGACAGAUUCAAGCGUGACCAGCGAACCAAUUAUUGGCUCAUCGCAGAAUGAUGAACGUUUUAAGAACAGGGGCCUGUUACAUCGAUCUUUGAAAUUCAGGUUAACAAAACUUGGCAGAAGAAUUGGUCGACAGUCACAGAAAGAAUUGCCUCGUGCUGAAAUGGUUAGAGAAGGGAAAAAACGUGCUCUGACAACCAAUCUUAAGUAUUACCUUCAAGAGAAUGAAACUGGACUGUGUAUGGGUUAUGUGGACAAACAAAUGAUUCUUAUGCCUUGCGAAUCCGUACCAUCUUCUGUUAAGUUUUGUGGUAAACCAGUUGGAGGAACCACUACCCAGACACUAGGACAACCAGAAAACCCAGAAAUGGUAGCUGUAGGCACAGAAUCAACAACCCCAAUGCCUUAUACCGUCACCCAAGAACCCUAUUCAACAACCCUUAUACCUUAUUCAACAACUCUUAUACCUUAUUCAACAACCCUUAUACCUUUCACAACAACAGCCUCAACAGUUGUUAGUACGUGUGGAGGUUCAUGUUCUAUUUCAUGUUAUCCCUCGUGCACUCAGUCCUGCUGCUCUUCUGGACUGUCAUCAUUAGGUUCAUUAGCGUCAGGUUCCUGUGGGAGUGGAUGUCCAUCCAGUUGCUAUCCGUCAUGUACUUCGUCCUGUUGUAAUUCUGGGGACAGUCAAGGAAUAUCGCAGAAUUUGUGUCCUGGCAGCUGUAGCAGCGCCUCACAAUGUCCAUCCAGUCAUUGUCCGCAGUCCUGUUGUUCGGGUCAAAGCCAAGGAGGAUCUUACAUGUCCCAGAGUCUGACCCAGGGUCAAAUUUGUCCAAGUGGUUGCAAGAGGCAUUGUCACCCAUCUUGUCCUUUCAUCUGUUGUUAAUGUUUUACUCAGUCUCGGGUAAAUGUACAUGUUUUACUCUUCAUUUUAAUGAAUAACCCAUUCACUCGUUAAAGAGCAUUUUAAUUCUCUGUAUAAAUCUAUACUUUCUCUAUAAAAUAUUAGUGUACGACCUACUAAGUACUGAUAAGGUAAAAACGUUAAUAACAUUAUUGUUGUACGACACAAGAGUUAAAUCGUAUAAAAUUAAUGUAGAACUAUAGU